AUGAAGAGUUUAAUCUUGGAAAUAAUUAUUCAAUCGGUUCAUGAACCCAUUCCCACAAUUGAGGAACGAUCUCUAUUAGUGGUUGCCUAUAAAAAUGUAUUAUAUGAUUAUAGUAAGGCUUUUAGAAGUGUUGUGAAUGUGCAGAGUAGACAUGAGAAUAAGGGAGAAGAUUGGCAAGUUGGGUUGUGUGAAAGAUUUGUGAAAGAAAUUCAGGAAAAAACAGAGCACUAUUGUUAUGAAAUUAAUGAGAUUAUUGAUCAAGUUUUGAAGGUGGAAAGUUUGUCAUUGGUGGAUUCUGUUUUUUAUUGGAAAGUUAAAGGAGAUUUUUUCAAAUAUAUUUACAAUGUGGAUUAUAGAUUUAGAAUUUCAGAUUGGAAAGCUAAAGCUUUGGAAAGUUAUGAAAAAUCAUAUGAGCUGAUCAAUCUCUUACCUUGCACGAAUUCUAUUAGAUUGGGGCUUAUUCUAAACUAUUCAUAUUUUUAUUCUGACAUAAUGUUUGAUGUUGGAAAGGCAAUUAGUAUUGCACGUCCAGAAUUCGAUCUAGCCAUGACACACAUUGAGGAAUUAUUGGAAAAGCAAGAUGAAUAUGGUGAUGAAAGGGAUGCUGUACUGAUACUACAAUUGUUGAAGGAUAAUUUAUUUUUGUGGUCGAGUGAAACUGAAAUUGGACCAGAUGAUGAUUAG